CGCGGGAGCCGGGCUCUGGGGCGCCGCAGCCGCAGGUUGGUGGAAACGGAAGUCGCGGCGGGGUACGGAGGACGCCAGGAUGGCGACUCCGAACAGGAAGACGUCGACCCCAGGUCCCAUGGCUUCCAAGAGAGCGCUCCCUAGAGACCCUUCGUCGGAGGUCCCGAGCAAGAGGAAGAGUUUGGCCCUGGCGCCGCCGCCGCCGUCCAGGCCUUUCGUGGAAGGCUCUAUCGUCCGCAUCUUGAUGGAGAACUUCCUAACAUAUGACAUUUGUGAAGUAUCUCCCGGACCCCACUUGAAUAUGAUUAUUGGAGCUAAUGGAACAGGGAAGUCGAGUAUCGUGUGUGCCAUUUGCCUUGGGUUAGCAGGCAAACCUGCUUUCAUGGGACGGGCAGAUAAGGCUGGGUUUUUUGUGAAGAGAGGAUGUACCAAAGGGAUGGUUGAAAUUGAACUGUUCAGAGAUUCUGGAAAUCUUGUAAUCACCCGUGAGAUUGAUGUCACAAAAAACCAGUCCUCUUGGUUCAUCAACAGAAAAUCUACAACCCAGAAAGUAGUAGAAGAACAAGUUGCAGCCUUAAAUAUUCAAGUGGGCAAUCUUUGCCAGUUUCUACCUCAGGACAAAGUUGGAGAAUUUGCUAAACUCAGCAAAAUUGAACUCCUUGAAGCUACUGAGAAGUCAAUUGGCCCUCCAGAAAUGCACAGGUAUCACUGUGAACUGAAAAACUUCAGGGAGAAAGAAAAGCAGCUAGAGAUAUCAUGCAAAGAAAAAACUGAAUAUCUAGAGAAAAUGGUUCAGAGGAAUGAAAGAUAUAAACAGGAUGUGGAGCGGUUCUAUGAACGCAAGCGACAUUUAGAUUUAAUUGAGAUGCUUGAAGCAAAAAGACCAUGGGUGGAGUAUGAAAAUGUUCGUCAGGAGUAUGAAGAAGUAAAACUAGCUCGUGACCAAGUGAAGGAAGAGGUUAGAAAACUUAAAGAAGGGCAGAUUCCUUUGACACGUCAAAUUGAAGAAAGUGAAAAGCAGCGCCACAAUUUGGAGGCUCGAAUCAAAGAAAAGGCAACAGAUAUUAAAGAAACAUCUCAAAAAUGCAAGCAAAAGCAAGAUGUUAUAGAAAAGAAAGAUAAACAGAUUGAGGAGCUUCAGCAGGCCUUAACAGUAAAGCAAAAUGAAGAGCAUGACCGACAGAGGAGAAUAAGUAAUACCCGCAAAAUGAUAGAGGAUUUGCAAAAUGAACUAAAGACCACAGAAAACUGUGAGAAUCUUCAGCCCCAGAUUGAUGCCAUUACAAAUGAUCUGAGGUGCGUUCAAGAUGAAAAGGCAUCAUGUGAAGGAGAGAUCAUUGAUAAGCGAAGAGAGAAGGAAACGCUCGAGAAGGAAAAAAGGAGUGUGAAUGAUCAUAUUAUACGUUUUGAUAACCUUAUGAAUCAAAAGGAAGACAAACUGAGACAGAGAUACCGUGACACAUAUGAUGCAGUUUUAUGGCUACGAAAUAACAGAGACAAAUUUAAGCAAAGGGUCUGUGAGCCCAUAAUGCUCACGAUCAAUAUGAAAGAUAAUAAAAAUGCCAAAUAUAUUGAAAGUCAUAUUUCAUCUAAUGACUUGAGAGCCUUUGUAUUUGAAAGUCAUGAAGAUAUGGAAGUUUUCCUCAAAGAGGUUCGUGACCAUAAAAAAUUAAGAGUGAAUGCUGUUAUUGCUCCCAAUAAUUCAUAUGCAUACAAAGCACCUUCAAGAUCUUUGAAUGAACUGAAACAAUAUGGAUUUUUCUCCUAUUUGCGAGAGUUAUUUGAUGCACCUGAUCCUGUAAUGAGCUACCUUUGUUGUCAGUAUAAUAUUCAUGAAGUUCCUGUAGGAACUGAACGGACAAGAGAAAGAAUUGAACGGGUAAUACAAGAAACCCGAUUAAAACAAAUUUAUACAGCAGAAGAGAAGUAUGUGGUAAAAACUUCCUUGUAUUCAAACAAAAUUAUUUCUAGUAACACAUCUCUAAAAGUAGCCCAGUUUCUCACAGUCACUGUGGAUCUAGAGCAAAGAAGACAUUUAGAAGAACAGCUAAAGGAAAUUAAUAGAAAAUUGCAAGCAGUGGAAUCGGGGUUGGUUGCCUUACGUGAGACAAGCAGACACCUAGAACACAAAGACAAUGAACUCAGACAAAAGAAGAAGGAGCUUCUUGAAAGAAAAACUAAGAAAAGACAACUGGAACAAAAAAUUAGUUCCAAACUAGGAAGUUUAAAGCUGAUGGAACAGGAUACCUGCAACCUUGAAGAGGAAGAGCGUAAAGCAAAUACCAAAGUCAAAGAAAUCAAUGUUCAAAAAGCAAAACUUGUUACUGAAUUAACAAACUUCAUAAAGAUUUGUACUUCUUUGCAUAUACAAAAAGUGGAUUUAAUUCUUCAAAAUACUACAGCGAUCUCCGAGAAGAACAAAUUACAGUCAGAUCUUAUGGCUGCAUCUUCGCAACUACGUACCACAGAACAACAUUUCAUUGAGUUGGAUGAAAAUAGACAGAGAUUAUUGCAAAAAUGCAAGGAACUUAUGAAGAGAGCUAGGCAAGUAUGUAACCUGGGUGCAGAGCAGACUGUUCCUCAAGAAUACCAGACACAAGUACCCACCAUUCCAAAUGGACACAACUCCUCACCCCCCAUGGCUUUCCAAGAUCUUCCAAACACAUUGGAUGAAAUUGAUGCAUUAUUAACUGAAGAAAGAUCAAGAGCUUCCUGCUUCACCGGACUGAAUCCUACAAUUGUUGAGGAAUACACAAAAAGAGAAGAAGAAAUAGAGCAGUUAACUGAGGAACUAAAGAGAAAGAAAAUUGAACUAGAUAAAUAUAGGGAAAACAUUUCACAGGUAAAAGAAAGGUGGCUUAAUCCUUUAAAAGAGCUGGUAGAAAAAAUUAAUGAAAAAUUCAGCAAUUUUUUUAGUUCCAUGCAGUGUGCUGGUGAAGUUGAUCUCCAUACAGAAAAUGAGGAAGAUUACGAUAAAUAUGGAAUUCGAAUUAGAGUCAAAUUUCGCAGUAGUACUCAGCUUCAUGAAUUAACCCCUCAUCACCAGAGUGGAGGUGAAAGAAGUGUUUCUACCAUGUUAUACUUGAUGGCACUUCAGGAACUUAAUAGAUGUCCAUUCAGAGUAGUUGAUGAAAUCAAUCAGGGAAUGGACCCAAUCAAUGAACGGAGAGUGUUUGAAAUGGUUGUAAAGACUGCCUGUAAAGAAAACACAUCUCAGUACUUCUUCAUUACACCAAAGCUCCUGCAAAAUCUUCCUUAUUCUGAAAAGAUGACGGUGUUGUUUGUCUACAAUGGUCCUCAUAUGCUGGAACCAAACAAAUGGAAUUUAAAGGCUUUCCAAAGGCGGCGGCGCCGUAUUACAUUCACCCAACCUUCUCAAUAAAAGUAAAGAGGGAAUUGUGUAAUCUUUAUGUUAAAUUCUGUUUAUAAGUGUGACUCAACUGAAUAAAAGAAGAUUCAUUAAAA